GGAAGGCAACGUGAAGGGAAAGCAGGCGGCGCUGGGAUCGGAGCGCGUGGACUUGGGGGCAAUGCCUGGGAAGAGGAGUCCGCCCUGGGCAAAGAGCGGCGGCAGCAGCAACCGCCUCUGAUCCUUGCGCAGCAAGGCAGCGAUCCUUUUUCUUGCUUUCUUUUUGGCUGAAACGGUUCUGUCACGCCCCCCCCCCCAAUUCACUCGCCUUUUCUUCUCCUCCCCUCUCCCCACCCCCCCACCCCCCACAAACCUAUCCUGCCAAACAAAGGAAACGGUCGGCAUUCCUCUUCGCAGGAGCCAUGCGUGCCAUCAGGAAGCGGUGGACUAUCUGCACGAUCAGUCUCCUCCUGAUCUUUUACAAGACAAAAGAGAUCGCCAGGACCGAGGAGCGCCCGGAGACCCAAGCCGGCGGAGAUGGUGACUUAAGUUUAAGUAGAUCAAUGGUCAACAGCUCUGAUAAAAUAAAUCAAAAGAGUGGGACUUCAAUAUUCCAGCAUUCCGUAGAAAGAUGGAAAAUCAAUUCUUCCUUGGUCCUUGAAAUCAGGAAAAACAUUCUUCGAUUCUUGGAUGCAGAAAGAGAUGUCUCAGUGGUCAAAAGCAGCUUUAAGCCAGGAGAUGUAAUCCACUGCCUGUGUGUGCUAGACAGGCCCGUGCGUUACACUAGGAAUGAAAUUUCUCCGAGGAUCCUACCACGAAGCCUUCUAACUCCUGAAGUUUCACCAAUGAAGAAUCGUCGGUUUAAGACAUGUGCUGUUGUAGGAAAUUCUGGCAUCCUUCUGGACAGUUGGUGUGGAAAAGAGAUUGACAGCCAUGACUUUGUCAUAAGGUGCAAUCUAGCUCCCGUGGUGGAGUUUGCUGCAGAUGUGGGAACUAAAUCAGAUUUUAUUACCAUGAACCCAUCAGUUGUACAAAGAGCAUUUGGAGGCUUUCGGAAUGAGAGUGACAGAGAAAAAUUUGUGCAUAGACUAUCCAUGCUGAAUGACAGUGUCCUUUGGAUCCCAGCUUUCAUGGUCAAAGGCGGAGAGAAGCAUGUGGAGUGGGUUAAUGCAUUAAUCCUUAAGAAUAAAUUGAAAGUGCGAACUGCCUAUCCAUCACUGAGACUUAUUCAUGCUGUCAGAGGUUACUGGCUGACCAACAAGGUUUUCAUCAAGCGACCCAGCACAGGACUGUUGAUGUACACACUUGCUACAAGGUUCUGCGAUGAAAUUCAUCUCUAUGGAUUCUGGCCCUUCCCAAAGGAUAUUAAUGGGAAAUCAGUCAAAUAUCACUAUUAUGAUGACCUUAAGUACCGAUAUUUUUCUAAUGCCAGUCCUCACAGGAUGCCACUAGAAUUUAAAACUUUAAAUAUGUUGCAUAACAGAGGAGCACUUAAAUUGACAACAGGGAAAUGUAUACAGCAAUAAAGCACAAGUGACAUACAAUGAGACAUAUAGGAUAUGGGCUUUGGCAUAUGGAUUUUAUGGAACAGCAGCGGACCCAUACAGAGGAGAUAUCCCAGUGUGCUGGGCUGAACUGAUGGAGAACAAGGAAGUGCAUCAAACUCCAUUCCCAGCUCGUGUUCCACCUGUUGAAGUUCUAAAUUUUGAGUGCAAUGGUUCAAGUAAGUGCCACUUUCACUAAGAACAAAACUUGAAUGUAUAAAAUAAGUAGUGUUUACAAGAUCCAACAAUGCAUUCAUCACUUGUUACAGAAGUUGAUUUACUGUUCAAUUACCACCACAGAGUCAACCAAGAAAAUAAAAGAAACACCCAGUAAGUGAGAUCUAUUCUUAAGGAAGUAUAAACAUUUGUCAAGAAAAAUCAAAAUAGAAUUGGUGGUAUAUGUGGAUAACAACAGAAAGAUCCAGAAAGUUACAUUCAGUCAGGCAACUGCCUGACCAUGUAUUAUAUCCUCUUUAUCUCUUUCCUCCUUUCCCCGUUUUUUUUAAAUUGUCAUUGAUUUUCUAUGGAUACUGGAGCCCCUUAAGUGAUUUUGAAACGAUAAUAAUAUGAACAUUUAAGUAAUCCUCAAAAAGUGGUCUUAAAAGAUCUUUCUUUUUUUAAAAAAAUACCAAUUGCAUUAAAAUAUGUAUUCUAUCUUAUUGUUUGACAUAGGUUUGGUAUGUACAGUAUAAGUGAAACUGCCUCCAAUUGAUGACUUGAUAUUGCUGAAAUAUGUAAAGCCAAUCGCCAGAUUUUACUUCUGCAUUCCCUGGAGACAUUCUGUACCAUCUCGAGCCACUUCAAGGAAUGUGUAGCAAGGGUACAAGAUGUCCAAGGGAUGCAGAAAUUAAGUGUGAUUUUCAGCUCUGCCCCUUGUAGCAGUGUUGAGAAGAAGUCAUCUUGCAGACAGUGUAUUGAGUGAUGCAACAUACAGACAGGUCUUAGAAUCUCCCAGUUGCAUGUUGCUGUUCCUCAGAGAAACAGACUCUUGAAAUAUCUGGACAUUUGAGCCAUUUUUCAAGAAAGAUUGUUCAGUUAUAUGGCAAAUGAAGAUGAUACAGUUAACAAGCAGGUGCCCUUACCUUUGGUACCAAAGAUUAUGCUGAUUUUGAAAUCAAUGUACGUUUUGUUCCCUUCAUAUGACAGAAAUCUAUAAAUUUAGUAUUAUGUCCCAGUGCUGCUGAGGAAAAUAUUUCCAGUCAUUUUUUGUUACUGUAACUUGGUGUUAAAGUUUUGUUUGAAUGACAGAUUCUUUAACUUGACUUUUCCCUUUUUUCUACGUGACUUGAAUGCUCGAAUAAAAAGAGAAGCUCUCGUUUUUUUAAAUUGUGAUACAAAUAUAAGGUUUGUAAAUCAGGAGUACAUAAUGACCCAGAAAUGGAAACUAGAAAUACUGUUGAUAUUUCAGUGCCAAUAUAGUUGACAUAUUGAAUGAUACUGAAAAUUUUAAAAAUUUGCAAAAAAAAAAUCUCAAAUACGAUUUUUUCAUAGUGCUGGACAAUAUUCUGAUGAGCAGUAGGCAGACACUUCCCUUUGUCUUUCCAUUUCUUCCUGUCUUCACUUUUUAAUUUUCUGAGACUUGGUCUGUUUAAUUAAUAAUGGGAGUUAUUAAUAGCAAAAGUUCAGGCAAGAAUCAUUAUCAGUACGCUCAUGUUUGCAUCCACAGUCUGCAGAAUUCAGGAAUUAUUUCAGAACUGUAAGAUAGAGGGAUGUUGAUUUCUUUAUCAUUGACAUAUGUUUCUGAUAUCUAAGUAAAAACAGAAGAAUUAUUUAGGAAAAUCAAAACAAGGAGAGAACUCCCACUGGGGAGAAGGCAGAUUGACAGCAUUAAUGUUGUGGAGCAUUUUGCCCUGCUCCUCUGUUUUCAAAGAGCCACAAGGCAGGAUUAGCCAGGCCUGGAGGGCUUCAAGCCAAUGGGGAGAGAGGGCAGCUUGCAGAUUUAUAGGGAAGCUACUCCCCCUCCCUUGCAGCCUAAGUGAUAUAAAUGAUGCAAGUAAGUAAGUAGAUGAGAUAAAAUGCUAGUGCCAGUUUCUCAGACACAAUCAUUUCACUUCUGAACAAAACUCUGAGGCCCAAGUUCUGAUAUUGGCCAUACCGUAGUAGUACUGGGACUCUAGGACGUAGGUAAGGAGGGUGGUUCCCGGGUUCAACCCCCCCCCCCCCAUUACAUGUUCGAAGCUCCGUACCCUAUUUGUGGUUUUUUUGUAAUUUUUAGUGUUCUUUAGUUUUUGGCCUAUAGGGGGCGCAGCCUUUAGUCCAGCACCACGAAAUUUUCAGGGAGUUUUCAGGAGACUCCCCUGAUGAUACCACCCAGGUUUGGUGAGGUUUGGUUCAGGGGGUUCAAAGUUAUGGACUC